UCGGCCCGCCCAGAACUCCUCCUGUCGGGAGCGCGCUGAGCUAAAGGCGGAAAGUAACGGUGUUUGUCGAGUCGAGCCUGCUAUGAGGAUGGAAAAGGCCGUCGCAGUGUCAUAUUACACAGGACGGAGUCUGAAUGGAGCGAGCUGUGCGUGUGUGAGCCGGUCACUAGAGGCGAUCCUGGAUCUUAGAGGCGCUGAUUAGCCUCCUCACGCUCACGAUAAACCAUUGAGUAACUGGGCGUCCAAGAAGUCCAUCGUGCUUCUCUCUGGGUCGUCAUUUAGCAUCAUUUAGGAUCGUUUUCAUUCAACUGCAACGAUGCAACUGGUUUAGUCUAAUUUCACCGGUUUUGUCAUUUUCGGAUGUAUGAUUGGCCGCAGAGGAGCGUCUGAUUGUGAUAAUAAAAACCGCCACUUUACGCUCAUCGCUGCUACAAUGGAGCUCGGUGCCGGACAUUCCAAGGCUCCGUGUGAAGAGAGGAAAUCUGAUCUGAAGCCUUCAGCGGCGGAUGCAGAGGCGCAGAGACCCACGUGGAGCGGGCGGCUCGAGUUCAUCCUGGCGUCCGUGGGCUACGCCGUGGGACUGGGCAACGUGUGGAGGUUCCCCUACUUGUGUUACCGCAGCGGUGGAGGUGCCUUCAUUGUCCCGUAUCUCAUCAUGGUGCUGCUGUGCGGCAUUCCUCUGCUCUUCAUGGAGUUUGCUAUUGGCCAGUAUACUCGUUUAGGGCCUGUGCAUGCUUUCGCCAAAAUCUGUCCCUUGUUAAAAGGUGUCGGUCUGGCCACAGUUGUUAUCUCCUUCAUGUUCUCCACGUACUACAAUGUGCUCAUGAGCUGGGCACUUUUUUAUUUAUUCAACUCGUUCCGAGCGACCCUCCCCUGGACGUCUUGCAACAACACUUGGAAUGAUGUCGGAAACUGUUCCAGUGGUUUCCCCGGCAACGCCACCCACCUGCAGUCUGCCAGCCAGCAGUUCUUCGAUGGCAGACUUCUGGAGAAGACCAGUGGCAUCGAAGAAGCUGGUGGUCUUCGCUGGGAGCUCUUUGGCUAUCUGUUGUUGGCCUGGGUCAUUGUUUAUUUAUGCAUAUUUAAAGGAGUCAAAUCCACUGGCAAGGUUGUGUAUUUCACCGCUGUAUUUCCAUAUUUCAUCCUGUUCGCCCUACUCAUCAAUAAUGUGCAGCUUCCCGGAGCCAAGAAUGGGAUCCUCUACUUUGUGACUCCUGUCUGGGGCAGGUUGUUUGAAGUGAAGGUUUGGGUUAAUGCAGCUGCCCAGGUGUUUAACUCCAUUGGAAUAGCAUUCGGCUCCAUGAUUUCGAUGGCCAGUUACAACAAGUUCAACAACAACAUUCUCAGGGAUGUGCUGAUUGUGUCAUUAACCAACUCAUUCACCAGCAUCCUGGCUGGCUUUGUGAUUUUCUCAGCCGUUGGCUACAUGGCUCAUAUACACAACCUCCCAGUGGAAGACAUAGCCACAGAUGGUCCUGGUUUGGUGUUUGUUGUCUACCCUGAGGUCCUCUCCACCAUGCCUGGCUUUCAGCUGUGGGCUCCACUGUUCUUCUUCAUGCUGCUGUGUCUGGGCCUGGACAGUCAGUUUGCCACAGUUGAGGUAGGUGUGACGUUCAUAAAGGACGAGUUUGGACCCAAAAUCCUGCGUUUCCUGAAGAGGGAAGAGCUGAUUGUGUUGUCUGUAUGCAUUAUCUGCUUUGCACUGGGGAUUCCACAUGUUACUAAGGGAGGCAUCUAUGUGUUUCAGUUGAUGGAUCACUACACUGCUGUGGUUUCCCUCGUCUUCCUGGCUUUCUUUGAAGUUGUGGCUGUGUGCUGGAUCUUCGGUGUCUCACGUGUCUCCUUAAUGGUCAAAAGGAUGCUUGGAAAAAAUCCGAACAUCUACUUCCGUGCCUGCUGGCUGCUGCUCUGCCCCAUGUUGGUGUUGUGCAUACUGAUCUCCAGCGUUGUUCAAUACACUCCUGCCCACUAUGGGAAGUACACAUACCCAGUGUGGGCUGAGGGGUUGGGCUGGGGCAUCUCACUGGUCUCUAUCAUGUGGAUCCCACUUGGCGCAAUUCAAGAGGUCUUUGAUAACAAAGGAUCACUUCUUCAGAGACUUAAGACAGCCAUGACGCCAACAAUAGACCUGGAUGCUGUGGAUUUUCUGCCGGAAAAACAAAACUUUGAAAACCCAGCAUCAGAAAGACUGUUCACUUCAACAGCAUGAUCAUGAUCAACACCAUGGCUGCGCUUCUACAUGCAAAACCCUGUAAUAACACACUGAAGUAUAUUUCCUCAUUCUUCUGUCUUCAUCACAACUUUAUCCAAAGAUGCACUUCAUCCCAGCAUUUGUAUAUUUCUAGUAAAAAAAAAAAACUCAAGGCACUUAAAUUGCAGUUAAUUGUCCAACUAAAGGUUAAAUUAAUGUAAUUUAUUUAUUGAUCUGAGUGAUCAGACACUCAUUCAAACCAAACACUGAAAUUAAAAUUAUUUUCUUUGUUUUCUCUAUUUUGUGAUAAAGGUCAGUGGGUUUCUGUGGUGCAACCCUGUAAUAAUAAUCCAUGUCAGAGGUAAUCUGGGGAUUAUCAUUUUGUUUUAGCUUAAAACAUCUAAAAUUGAAUACUUUAAAAGCCACAUUUCCAGAUCAAUUACAUCAAAAUGGAGUUGAAGAGGCUUUCAAAUCUCUCCAAAACACAACAGGGGCAUCCAGCCUCCUCUGGCCACAGUUUUUAUAGCAUCAGCUGGUGUCAUCUGUGUGGUCCUUAAACACACAAUCCAAUGUGCUGUUUUUUUAAUGUACUACUCAUGCAGUCCUCAUUAACUCUUAAAGUUGAGAAACAUCCAAUGAUUUCAUUGUAUUUACUAGAUAGUUUUGGCAGUGAUCACCUGUAAGAGACCAACAGAAACACUGCAGUGUGUAAAUAACAGAAGACAGGUGCAGCCUUGCCAUUGUUUGUUCUUGAUAGCGGCCCGAUGUGCUGUCAGUUACAAACCAGAACAGAAAAACAGAAUGGAAAUGGAUAUACAACACUUAGAUUCAGUUUGCCAGUUGUCCAUCUUGAGCUGAGCUGAAUUGUCUGAGUUGUCUAAACUCAGGUGUUGUAAAACUUAUUCUAGUCUGUCACUGGUAUUUACAUGUCAUUCACCGCUGGAGGUCAGCUGCUCGGGUACAAACUUAGAAAUAUCUGACUUUCAUCAGUAGGUCUGACCUCAGAGAAGGUCGACAGUCAGUUUGAUCAGGAGGAACAGGAGGAGUUCUGCACACAAAAAGGUGAACUGCAAAUAUCCAGCCUCUGAAUUGGGAUGUAGUUUGUGUUUGAUCCUGAAAAAAAGAGAGACUCAGACAGUGACUUUGUCUGAAUGUCGUUCAAAUAAUGUGGAAAACCCUGAACACAGAUAAGCAGAGGUGGUCAAAUUAAAUCAAAACUGAAAUUGAAAUUAUAGACAAAAAUGUACUGUUUUGAGACUUCAAGCUGGGUUUGUAGCACCAUUACUGCUGUCCAGAUCACCUCACAUUUAAUAGUGAGGUGAUCUGCACAGCAGGUUAAUGUUAUACUUAUGUGUGCUGAAGGUGACGCAGUGCUUUGAUUUUUAACUUAUUGCCACGGGUGGAAGAAGGAGGUAUUAUUUUAUUGUAUUAUUAUUAACAUUGAAUAACACACCUUUUAAUAAUUUUUUAAAAACAUUAUUUUAACCGCUCCCAUCCUCCUGGCAACCCUCUAAAAGACAAGCUGUAUGGCUAAUGGAUUGAUGGAUUAUUUUUAACUAUCUUGAAGCUUGUAACUCAGAAGAGUUUAGAGAUUAUAAGUGGUGCCUUUGAUCUGCUGCUACAAAGCUGAAUUGGGCUAAUGAGGAUAGAUAAUCUUCAGAAUGAGAAACAAUGAUCUGCUAAUCUGGGAGUCUCUAUUUGGUUGUGUAGCAGAUUCUAUUGACCCAAAACCUGCAUUUAAUCACUGCCCUUUUAAAAAAAAAAAAUAAAAUCUCAAACUCCUUAACAGAGAAGGAAGCUUCAAAGUUCUCUCUGGUGGAAACGUAAUUUAUUCUAGCUCAAGCUUUAACUUUAACCCUGAAAAUUGCACCGUACUGUUCAGUAGUGUUUUAAUGUUUGACCUCUUGUGUCUCGGGGUAAAGUGUAGAUUCUGUCUGACGUGCAGAAGGAAAGGUUCAGUCAGUCAGUGUGGGAACUGUAAGCUUUGGGUUCAUGUUAUUAUGCAGAUCAACUACUCCGCUGGAAAUGACCAGAGGAAAAAUGUGUCAACGGAAAAAUCACACUUUAAUGUGAGACUGUCUUUGAGGAUGUUCCCUGCAGAACAUGUUUGGCCUUUUCUGUCUUUCUAGGUAGCUCUUCAAGCAAACCUUCAGCUGGGAGGUGCCUUUUAUUCUGAAACAUGAUGAGAGUACGCUCUGAUAACAGAUGCACAAAACAUCUGAAGUUGAUGCAAGGAAUUAUUUAGCGAUGCAUGCUUUUUUUUAUAUAUAUAUAUCAAACCACCAUUUACUGCUGCUAGGAUUUGGUAUUUGCUUUCAUUCUUCUGCAAACGGCUAAAAGAAUGUGCAUCUUUUUUUGUCAUGAAAGCUAAUGUCACCUCCCUCAUGUGCCUUUCACCAUUUUUUAUGUAAUCUAGAUUUAAUUAGACAUUUAGACAUCAAGACAUUUAUUUUAAAUGUUGCACACAGCACGUGUGUUUGCAAAGAUGCCUUAUUUUACUUUUAUGUCAGCCGUUUAAAAUUGCAAGGAUGAUAUAGAAGCAUGUUUACACUACAAUAGGUAAGUGUUUGAGAUUUUUAGAAUUGGAUUUAUAAUUAACUAAAUAGAAAUUUUAAUGGGCUUUUAAUAUAGCUAUGCUUUUCAGGAUCUGUAGUCAAACAAUCAGAAGUUUGGACAUACCUUCAAUGGUUUUUAAUUAUUUUCUACAUUUUAGAUUAAUACUGAACACAUCAAAACUAUAAAAGAAUACACGUGGAAUUGUAAACAAAAAAGUGUUGAUCUUCAGUGUUAAUCCACAAUGUAGAAAAUAAUACAAAUAAAUAAAAAACAUUGAAUGAGAAGGUGUGUCCAAACUUUUGACUGGUUGUGUAUGUCAGGUUUCAUUUUAACAAAAGGCCAUUUUAUUUCACUGAUUAGUUUCAGUUUAACCUUCCUGUCUGAAAUCUUGUUGAUGUCUGAAGUCAGCUGUUGCAGUUUGUGGCUGAAUGAAAACCUGCAGACUCUCUUUGAUCCGUAAACCAUCACGGCUCAUUUGUCUUUUUAAAUAUUCUCCUGUAACAGAAGCACAUUUCGCCUUUGUCCCUCAGCGCUGUUAUGUAAUUUGUUACACUUUUAUGUUAUUGUACAUUAAGUUAGUGAUGACGCACAGAAAAUAUCCAAACCUGCUAUUUCUUUACCAAAUUUACUGUUGAUCUUUCAUAUUAAUGACUGUAUGUUUAAAUUAAUCUUAGUGUUUUGUUUCUUUUCUUUUUAUCAUAUUUCUACUAUGUGGUGAUUUGUGGUGUCUAACAUUUUGUUAAAUAAAAAGCGUUCAUUUUUA